AUGGCGGCCCCUGUAAAUAUAGAUAUGCCUAAACUAAUAUUGGAUAAUGGUGGAGGAUUAAUAAAAGGAGGAAUACUUCCAAGUUAUUCUCAAUUAAAUGAAUCAUCACUUGAUAUAGAGCCUAAAUUUAUUGUACCAAAUUGUGUGGGUCAAAUAAGAAAAAAAAAUAUUUUUCACAUAAGUGAUAGUUGCUAUAAUAUUUGCGAAUAUUUUUGUCAUCGUCCUCAUGUAGAUGGUUUAUUAUUAGAUUUAGAAAUGCAAACAAAAAUAUGGGAAAAAAUAUUUUCAUGCAAACAAAAUAUUGGAUAUAAAAUAAAUGAUAUGGCUAUUUGUGUUACUGAAUCAUAUUUAACUCCGGCAUAUAUAAGACAAGGUGUUAUUGAAUUGUUAUUUGAAUAUUUUAACUUUGAACAAAUUGUUAUUGUAUCUUCACAAACUAUGUUACCAUUUUCUUAUAUUGGUUUAAAUUUAGGACAAUAUGAUAUUUUAAAUCCUCCAAUUUUUAAAAAAGAUAAUUAUUUAUUAAAAAAACAAUAUGUACAAAGAAAAAGAAAAUCUGAAAAAAAUAAUGUUAAUAAUUUUUAUAAUAAUAAAAAUGAUAGUCCUAAAAGAAAUAUCAAUACAUCUCUCAAUAGUUUAAAUAUUGAAGAAGAAGAAGAAGAUUAUGGUGGAAACAAAGAUAACACAAAUUUAUUUAACAUAAAAAAAGAAAAAAAUAUGAGCGAAGAACAUAUUGAAUAUAAUAAUGAUGACGUAAAUAGAGAUGACGUAAAUAAUGUAGUAACAGAAGAUAUACGAAAAGAGUCAUAUAAUGAAGGAAGUAAUGAAUAUAUAGAAAAUUAUGAACAAAAUAAAUAUAUGGAUGAUAAUUUAUUAGUUAAUAGACAUAUUUUUGUAAAAAAUAUAGAAUGUUAUAAUAAAUAUGCACAUGAAUUAUAUAUGAAUAAAUUAUAUCAUGGUGAAAAUUGGCAAGAGUAUUAUUUUAAUUCUUUUUUUAAUAAUAAUGUUAUCCAAGAAUAUAAAUGUAAUAAGCCUCUUAAUAUCGAAUCGUAUGCAGAUGGAAACACCCGAAUAAAUGAUCACCGUUCUUCAUUUAACAAAAAUAAUAUAAAUUUCGUAAAUAAACUAAGUUAUAAUAAUUAUAUAGGAAAUAAUUUUUUAUAUCAAGAUCCAAGCUUUUUGUUACCAGAUAAAAUUGAUAUAUAUAAAAAUUAUUAUGAUAAAAAUUAUAAAGAUUUAAACAUGUUUAAAGAAUAUUAUAAUUCUACAUAUAUAAAUGAUUUUUACACUAAUUUAAUAAAUGGCAAUUAUAAUUUAUCAUUAAGAAACCCUUGUGCAUUAUAUAUAGAUGUAGGAUUUUCACAUACAUAUAUAUUACCAUAUAUUGAAUAUAAGGUAAUAGAUUAUGCAAUUUUAAGAACAAAAGUAUCUGCAUCUAUUUUAAAUACUUAUUUAAAAAAUACGCUUUCAUAUAAACAUAUUAAUUUAGAACAUAAUGAAUUACUUGUUGAAAAUAUUAAAGAGAGAGCUUGUUAUGUAUCAUUAGAUUAUGAAAAAGAUUUAGAAAAUGAAAAAAAACGUUUAGAAAAAAUUAAAAAACAAAAAAUUCAAAAUAAAUUGGAUAUGAGAUCUGAAAUUUUAAUGAAAGAAAAAAAAAAAGACGAACAUGCUAUGGAAUCAAAGAAUGAUGAAAAUGGGUUCUUUGGUGAAUAUGAUAACGAAUCUGUAGGAACUAAAACAAAGCAUUCCACUGAGUUGGUAGGAACUGAAACAAAGCAUUCCAAUAAGUUGGUAGGAACUGAAACAAAGCAUUCCACUGAGUUAGUAGGAACUGAAACAAAGCAUUCCAAUAAGUUGGUAGAAACUGAAAAGGAAUACAAACGAACUGACACAAUAGAUGAAAAUAAAUUAAUAGCCAUGGAUAAAAUGGUUAAUGAUAAUAUUAACCAUAGUGAACAACAAAAUAAUUUAAAUAAAACCAAUUUAAACACAUCAGUUAAAAGUAAAAUAAAUAAUGAUUCAGAUGAAAUGAAUCAAAGAAAAAGAAUUAAUAAUAAUAAAAGAAAAAAAAAAAAAAUAAUAGAACCACACUUAUUAUAUAAAUAUAAAUUACCUGAUUAUAAUAAUGCAACAAAACGUGAAAUAAAUCAAAUAUUUGAUACAUUAAAAAAUAAUAGUUCAAAUGAUUGUAUAUAUUUAGAUUCCGAUUAUGAUUAUAAACAAGAAUUUUCUAAUUAUAAAGAAGAAGAUACAUUUAUAACAAAUUUCAACGUCAAAAAUGAAAAUACACAAAAAAAUGAUGAUAAUAUAAUUAACUUAACAAAUGAGAGAAUAGGAAUACCUGAAAUUUUAUUUAAUCCUCAAGAUGUUAAUUUAAAUCAUUGUAGUAUUGUAGAAUUAAUAUAUAGAUGUAUAUCAUUAUUACCAAAAGAGAUACAAAAAUAUUUUCUUUCACAAAUAUAUAUAUCAGGUGGAUCAACCAAAUUUAAAAAUUUUAAACAUAGAUUAUAUAAAGAGUUAAGAGCUAUAUUUCCUACAGAAUGGGAAAUAAACAUUUAUUCUCAUAAAAAUAGUUUAUAUAGUAAUUAUAUAGGUACAUAUGUUUGGUUAAGUGACCAAAACAUUUACAAUUAUAACUUAAUUACAAGGCAGCAGUAUUUUAAUAAUGGAAGCAAAACUUGA